AUGAGUUCUGGUUGGUCUACAUGGCCUGUGGUAUUAACGCCUUACAACUUGCCACCUUGGCUUUGCAUGAAACAACCGUAUAUGAUACUUUCAUUAUUGAUACCAGGCAAGCAUGCACCAGGCAAUGACAUAGAUGUGUUUUUAGAACCGCUAAUUGAUGAGUUAAAACAACUCUGGACUGAAGGGGUUAUGACUUAUGAUACUCAUGCAAAGCAGUCUUUCAGACUACGUGCUAUUUUACUAUGGACAAUUAAUGAUUUUCCAGCCUAUGCGAAUCUUUCAGGUUGGUCUACAAAGGGAACAUAUGCAUGUCCAGUGUGUGGUCCAGAAUUCAAAGGUCUUUAUCUGCAGCACAGUCGAAAGUUUUGUUAUUGGUUUAAUAGAAGGUGGUUGAACAUAAAACACAGGUACAGAACCAAAAAAUGGAGCAAGUUUUUUGAUGAUACUGUUGAGAAGAGAGAUGCUCCGCGUCCAUUACGUGGGGAUCAGAUUGUACAUUUGCUUGAGAUGUUCCCUGCCGUCAGGUUUGGAAAGAAGCGCUAUUCGAAAGAAGAUUUACUUGGAGUAAGGAACUUGCGUAUUAACAAAAGGAUACCAAAACGAAAGAGACAAGCACAAGUGGUGAGUGAUGGGGCUGAAGUCGUAAAAUUACCUUCAGGAUGGACAAAAUUCAGCAUUUUUUUUCAACUCCCCUAUUGGAACGAGCUAAAAAUAAGUCACAACUUGAACGUUAUGCACAUUGAAAAAAAUAUUUGUGAUAAUCUUUUGUCCACACUGUUGCAAGAUGCUAAUAAAUCAAAGGAUGAUCUACGAGCUCGUCGAGAUCUAACUGCAUUGAACAUUAGAGAGGAACUGCAGCCAAAAAAUGUCGAAAACGACCGAUUAGAGUUGCCUGCGUCUCGUAUUAUAAUGUCGAAAGUUGAGAUGCAAACAUUUUGUCAAGUCCUCAAAUCAAUAAAGUUACCAGAGGGUUACUCCGCAAACAUAUCGAACUAUGUCCAGGUGCAAGAAAGGAAAAUAUUAGGGCUUAAAACUCAUGAUUAUCACGUGCUUCUUCAUCAAUUGCUACCUGUGGCACUACGCAGUACUAUGCAGAAUAAAAAAACAGUGAAGGUUAUUAUUGAUUUUUGUGGAUUUUUCAGAAAGCUUUGUUCUAAAGUUAUAGACGCCCGUGACUUUGAGAAACUUGGAGAAAAUAUUUCUGAAACAAUGUGUGAAAUGGAGAUGCUCUUUCCUCCAUCUUUUUUCACAAUAAUGGUUCAUCUUACACAUCAUCUCGCGGAGGAGGCUGCAAUAGCAGGACCAGUCCAUUAUCGUUGGAUGUAUCCAAUAGAGAGAUAUUUGGGUUCAAUGAAGCGUCAAUUGCGUAACAGAGCUCGCCCAGAAGGUUCAAUAGCUGAAAGUUACGAAAAACUUAAGAAUGAAGUUACCGGUAGUACAGCUGUACAUGACAUUAAAGAAAGGCAUAUGAAGGAAUUCCCUGCUUGGUUGAAUAGUGAAAUCCAGGAACAACUUGUCCUUAAUAAUCAAAUAUCAGAAGAAGUGAAGGUUCACGCAAAGCGACCUUACUAUGCUGUAAUUCAAUAUGGUGGGUAUCGUGUUUACGGUUAUAAAUUUCACACGAUGGAGGUUGGUGAUACGAAGGUCACCCAGAAUAGUGGUGUCAUGGCUACCUUCUCACGGGAAUGUUUCUCAAACAGAAGAGAUCAGAAUCCAGUUGAAAAUAAUAUGACAUAUUAUGGAAGGUUGGAAGAUGUGGUGGAGAUAUUCUACGGCUAUGGUGGUCCAAAUGAACAUAAAUACAUGAUGUUCAUGAUUCGUUGGUGUUUUACAAAGACUCAAAAGGAUCCCUUUGGAUUUACAAUUGUCAAUCUCGAUAAAGAAAUUGAUAGUGAUGAAAAAUUCAUGUUUGCAUCUCAGGUGGGACAAUGUUUCUAUGUGAAAGAUCCUACAGUUAAAGACGAGUGGGUUGUCUUGUACAAGGAUUCUAGGGCUUAUAUUCAACCUUCUACUAAUGAAGAUGAUGACGAGAGCUAUAUAAACAACUUCAAUGAGCCAAAUACAGCGAUCGAUGAAUUCUCGUACCCUCAAAACGUAGUGUUUGAAACGGAUGCUCCAACAACUCGGACAGACAUUCCAAAUAUUAUCACAGACAUUAAUAGGAGCUAA